UUGGGCCGGUUGCAGGGGGCGGUUGGCGGCGCGCGCUGGCUGGCUGGCUCGCAGGCGCGUCCCGCCGGCGGCCGCGGGGCGCAGGGCAGAGACGCGGCCCGGCCCGGCCCGGCCGCCCCGCAGCCCGCGAUGCCCUCGGACUGCCGGCCGCGCUGGCCACGCCGCGGGGCAUGGUGAGCCCGGGGCGGCCGCUCCCCGCGGGGACCCGGCAGGCGGCCCCUCUGCUCCGCCUCAGCCGCCUCCUCCUCCUGCUGCUGCUGCUGCUGCUGCUGCCGCUGCCGCCGGGCAGCCGGGCGCAGAAAGGUGAUGGAUGUGGACACACUGUUCUGGGCCCCGAAAGUGGAACUCUUGCUUCGAUAAACUACCCACAGACCUCUCCCAAUAGCACAGUUUGUGAAUGGGAAAUUCGUGUAAAGCCUGGGCAGCGAGUUCAGCUCAAAUUUGGCGAUUUUGAUAUUGAUGACUCAGAUUCUUGUCAUUCGAGUUAUUUAAGAGUUCACAAUGGGAUUGGUCCCACCAGGACAGAGAUAGGAAAAUACUGUGGGUUUGGCUUUCAAAUGGAUGGUUUAAUUACUUCAAAAAGUAAUGAAGUCACAGUACAGUUCAUGAGUGGAACACACACUUCUGGACGUGGAUUUCUUGCAGCUUAUUCAACCACUGACAAAUCGGACCUAAUUACCUGUUUAGACAAUGCAAGUCACUUUUCCGAACCAGAAUUCAAUAAGUAUUGUCCAGCUGGAUGUGUGAUUCCUUUUGCUGAUAUUUCAGGCACUAUUCCCCAUGGAUACAGAGACUCAUCAUCACUUUGUAUGGCUGGUGUUCACGCAGGCGUUGUGUCAAAUACUCUGGGUGGCCAAAUUAAUGUUGUAAUCAGCAAGGGCAUUCCAUACUAUGAAGGCUCCCUGGCUAACAAUGUCACCUCAAAAGUGGGACUGUUAUCUACAAGUCUCUUCACAUUUAAGACGAGUGGUUGCUAUGGGACACUGGGGAUGGAAUCUGGGGUAAUCCCUGAUUCCCAGAUCACGGCAUCAUCUAUUCUUGAGUGGUCUGACCAAACAGGACAAGUGAACAUUUGGAAACCUGAAAAUGCCAGACUAAAAAGAGUUGGUCCUCCUUGGGCUGCUUUUAUCAGUGAUGAACAUCAGUGGUUGCAGAUUGACUUGAAUAAAGAAAAGAGAAUAACAGGUAUUAUAACUACUGGAUCAACCUUAGCAGAGUACUACUAUUAUGUCUCAGCCUACAGAAUUUUAUACAGUGAUGAUGCGCAGAAGUGGACAGUAUACAGAGAACCUGGCAUGGAUAAAGAUAAGAUAUUUCAAGGGAACACUGAAUUGUACCAGGAAGUUCGCAAUAAUUUCAUUCCACCUAUUAUUGCACGCUUUUUUAGGAUUAACCCCUUAAAAUGGCACCAGAAAAUUGCAAUGAAAGUAGAAUUGCUAGGAUGUCAGUUUAGUAUGGGCCGUGCUCCUAAAAUCACCAUGCCACCACCACCUCAGAACAAGAAUGACGACAAGAAUGAUGACUUCAGUGAUGACUUCAUUCAUUCAGUGAAGACUUCGUUGCAGACAGAUAAAACAACUUUCACACCUGAAAUAAAAAACACCACAGUGACUCCAAGUGUAACCAAAGAUGUGGCAUUGGCAGCAGUUCUGGUUCCAGUGCUGGUGAUGGUCUUCACUACUCUGAUUCUUAUCUUAGUUUGUGCGUGGCAUUGGAGAAACCGCAAGAAAAAAACUGAGGGCACUUACGAUCUACCUUACUGGGAUCGUGCAGGAUGGUGGAAAGGAAUGAAGCAGUUUCUUCCGACCAAAUCAGCAGAACAUGAAGAAACUCCUGUACGCUACAGCAACAGUGAAAUUAGUCACCUAAGACCAAGAGAAGUCCCAACAAUGCUGCAAACAGAGUCUGCAGAGUAUGCUCAGCCACUGGUAGGGGGAAUUGUCGGCACGCUUCAUCAGAGAUCAACCUUUAAACCAGAGGAAGGAAAAGAAGCAAGUUAUGCUGAUUUGGACCCUUACAAUUCACCCAUACAAGAAGUUUACCACGCUUAUGCUGAACCACUACCUAUAACUGGACCAGAAUAUGCAACUCCAAUAAUCAUGGACAUGUCCAGCCAUGCCAGCACACCUCUUGGCAUUCCUUCCAUUUCCACCUUCAAAGCUGCAGGGAAUCAAGCUCCUCCACUGGUGGGAACUUACAAUAAACUCUUAUCUAGGACAGACAGCACAUCAUCAGCACAGGCGCUGUAUGAUACACCAAAGGGGCAACCGGGGCCAGGUGCCGCCGACGAAUUGGUGUACCAGGUACCACAGAGCGUGGCCCAUUCCACUGGGAGUAAGGAUGAACUAAGUUAGCUCAUGAGUAAGGUAGAGUGAUGGCUUGUUUUUAAAAGCCAGUUCCAUAAAGCUGACAGUUUCAUUUUUUAAUUGCAUUGUUUUGGUAUUGUUAGUCUUAAAUAAUACAGUGUUGAACCAAAAGAUGUGGUAUUGGAAGUCUGGGAAACCAGUAAUUCUGCCUUUCCUGAAGCUGUAUAUAUAAUUACAGCUUGUCUCCUGCAAAACCAUGGACUUUAUUACUACUGUACAAUUGUCUGUCAGACAUGAGCAAAGAACUCUUCAAGAUUAGCUUCAGUAAUUCAUAGAUGUGAAUGAUAAAUUGGGAGAAACAGUUUAAAGAAGUACGAAAGCCAAUAAUUUCUUGCUAAUGGUACUAUUUCUGGGGGGAAAAAAACCCCAAACAAACCCAAAGCUCCUAACUUUCUAAGAUCUGUAUGUAAGCACUAUAGCUUCUAAAAUUCAUUUUACCCUGUAAAAUGCCUGCACAACUUUGGACUUUAAAAACUACUGUCAUCAGGACUGAUGGCAAAAAUCCCAUUAACUUCAUGGCAUAAAAUAGUUUUGAUUUUAAAUCAUGUUAUUGCAGCUUUUGUUCACAGGAUUAGGAAUCAGCAGCUGUGUGUUCCUCAGAAGGUUCCCACCAUUUUUGUUAGUCUUCCAAAACUAGAAUCUGCUGUCCGUGCAAUCUGUUUUCUGCCUCAUCUCCUUAAGCCACUCAGUCUUGUUCCUUCCUAGGGAUCCAGGAGGCACGAAGUUAUACAAGCAAACUACAUAGCAACUGCUUUUACAUUUUUCCCUACUAAGUGAAGGCUACUCUGAAUGGCAUCUGCCUCGAAUUUGGACUUCCCUGAUGGUCAGUGUGCAAGAAGCAUCCAGGUGUUCCAGGUGACUGAAUUCAGAAAGGUUUUCCCUGUCCCCCUGCCCAGAGUAUCUAUUGUUGUGUGUUAAGAUGUGAGCAUAUACAAAGGAAGAUAUGUAUAUACUUUUGUGAGUGCUUAAGGAAGCACAUAAAUAUUCUAAUGGUGCACAGUUUGUGUUACACACGUGUUUAGCACAUAUGGUACGUUUUAGCACAACUGAAAAAGCCUUAGGGCUUUUCUUAUGAUUGUUCUUAUUAGAAGUAUAGUAGAUUCCAAAACCUUUGCAAGAGAACCAGUACUGUUCCAAAGAAUGUCCAUUUCUGAAGCAUUUAAUGGAAUUUGUAUCCUUUGAAUGUUCCAGUGUUCUCUACUAUGAAAACAUUGCAGUCAGUCUUCGAUUUGGGAUAAAGCAGACUAGUUUUAGCUAGGUAAUCACAAAAUGAAAACAAUUUGGAUGUCAUAUUUGCCAUUUUUUAUCUUGUUAGAAACAAAGCACAGCUUUUUAACCUAAGUAGUAGAAAAAACUCACAAUAAAAAUGCUUUAUUUUUAUUGUAACAGCA